AUGCAGAAAGGAUUCGACAUCAUUGCAGAGUCGAAGUCAGGUGGCGGGAAUGGGGUUCAGAUCAAGCAGCAUCUCGACCAGACCUACACCUUGUUCAAUGGCUUUCAGGGCAUCGACCUCUCUGUACAGCAACGCCUGCAUCGAUCCAGACAACAAGCCUCGCCAACCUUCGUUUUCCGUAGAUUAAGCCAUUUUCCAUCAUUCUCAGAGGCCAAUGACUAUCUGAACGAUCUGGAACGGGCUCGACUCAGCAUUCGACGAGAGCUGCUCAGUCAAGCAGGCGAAGCCCUCGAUGUGAUGGAGCUUGGCACCAUGGAUGCCGCAGCUGCCCUCUGUAUGCGCCAUAGUCUGAGCCGAGUGAUCGACUUAUCUCCACGGCCAGACAUCCUUCAGAAUUUCCAAUCCUUACAAUCUGGCUACGAACAAUGGUACAACGCCUUCUGCCAUGCCGAUUCCGACCUUGGCGGUGAUGAGGACAGUGUGACUCUCCUGCGCAUCACGUUUCUGACCAGCCGUUUCAAUCUUGCUUCAAGCCGAGACACUGAUGAGAGGACGUCGGAUAUUGAGUCUGCAUAUCUGAGCAACACAGGCUAUGCCAUUGCUUUGAGUACAGACGUACUCGCUCAAGUAUCACUCUGCGGCUUCAAGUCAAGACGGACCGAAACCAGAAAGCGAGCGAUGCGAUUGCUAGUCAGUGCUAACAAGCUCGAAGGUGUGUACCAGAGCGCCGUCUUGGCAGGCUUCAUCCGCAGACCAAUGGAUCGGGAAGAGGCUUUGGCUCGUGAGCUCACGGUCACGGCUCCAUGCGAGAACUUCACCGAACAUGAUAUACCUGCGCAGGCAAGAGUUGCGGAUGUUGUGUUCGCACAAGUCGACUAUCGACCCCGUUGCAUCAACAUGAUCGCAACUCGUUACAUAAUGGAUGAUAGCGGAGAGCCCGCCAUCGAGCUCACUGAGGACAUGUUCGACAUAUUUGACGGGCACGACAUAUCACGGAGGUCGCUUCUGGUGUCGCUGGCGACCCCUUAUCCUGCAGACUUCGCGUCGACUUCUGCAAGCGACAUGGCAGGCAUGCCUCAGCAGAUCGACUUCACCAAUGGCGGGUCUUCAGCACACCUGUUCCGCUCUCUCACGACAGCUGUAUUCCUGCCACAUCCAGCCGAUGCCGAAAUUCCUAACGCCACGGCAUCUCAGUCGACACCUCUACACAAUAUCACGAACAUAGUACUCAACAACGGUCUCAAGCGGCAAUUCAAGGAUUACAGGUCAAGCCCAGGUCCAGUGGACAGUGUCCUUCGUUCCCGCGGUAAUCCAUCUUAUGUCAGCUACAAGGCUGUUCGCAUGUAUCAAGACCAUCUCCACGGCUCAUGCGAAGGGCAACCCACUACAUUGAAACAACAGGGAUGGAUGAUGAACAGAGAGUAG